CGGAAAGGUUAUUCCAUAGGUGAGUGGACUUCCAAACACUUAUUGCGUGUACACAACUUCAUAUCUAGCAGUUAACAGCAAAGUAAUACAGGCUACAGUUUUUCUUGGUUAGCACGCUGCCGGUGUGUCGCUCAUGGACUGAAAUAAUGAGCCCUUGUACUAACGAGCUCACUGGAGGAAAGUAAAGCUAGCUAUAGCCGUAUCCGCUUCAGCUCGGUUUCCACUCACGCCUGAAAAAUGUCAAGCUCAAUCAAGCAGAGACAUCCUCUUUGUAAAGUGACUGGGUGGAGUGCCAACAUGCAGAGUUUGGUGGUGCAGGCACUUGCCAUGAGGCAGCUAGGAAGGCUGAAUCCCCGCCACCUGCUGGCUGCUGGAUAUGGACUGAGGCAGACUGAAUGGUGUCCCAGGACCAUCCACACACGCCAGCUGUGGGGCUGCUCGGCUUUCCCCGUGCUUGGCUGUCACAGGCCCUCUCUCCUUGGCAGAGACGCUGUCCGGGGUUGGUCUGUCCAUCAUAUGAGGUUCAAGAGCAAGAAGAAAAAAGGUGCUGCUAGGGCAGCACAGGAGGACGAGGACGAGGAGGAAGAGGAAGAAAAAGACCCUGAGGACAGUGAUUAUGAAGAUGAGGUAGAUAAGGACGCAGAUCUGCCAAAAGACUAUAAAGACAUGGAGAAACAUGUGCAGUCCUUUCGCUAUGAUGUCAUAAUGAAAGCUGGCCUGGACAUAGCACGCAGUAAAAUUGAGGAUGCCUUCUAUGACAACAAGCUCAGGCUAAACGGACAGAAACUCAUCAAGAAAAGUAAAACGGUGAAAGUUGGGGACACCUUGGACUUGCUUCUGUCAGAGGAUAACGCAACAAACACUGUUAAACUGAUGAGAGUCAUCCUCAGGAAGGAUCUUGGUGAAUCCAGCAAAACAGAAAAGUAUAAAGUUGCCAUAAGGCGCUGGAAAUGUAAAGAACUUCCCAGAGAUGAAGCUUUGAAGUCAUGAACUUGAAUAGGAACAUGUUGACUGCAAUACCAGUGAAGGUGACAACACCCACAGAAGUUAACUCAAUCAAAUGAUGCAUUUAAAUUGACUCUGAAAAUUGGAUAUUGCAUGGAUUAAAAAGGCGUAAUGUAAAGGUUAACAGUUCUCAGUGUUUGUAAAUAUUAAGCAGUUGGUUGGGAGAAAGAUUUUGAGUGUUGAGACUCCUCCAAUAAAGGUGCACUUUGACAUUUUGA